AUGUCGCCUCGCGGAGAUAACAAGCGAGACCAGGAGGUUCCCCGAACCCCCGAUUCCGGUAUCGGAAUGGGCCACGACCAGGAGAAUGGCACCACGGCUAAUGCCGUCAACACUGCCCAGAGCGGUACGGUGGCGAUCCAGCGUCACGGUGUCACUACCACCUACACCCUCAGCCAGAUCACUGCGAUGGGUGCUGCGCUAGACCGCGCCCGUGCUGAAGGCCUCUUCCCGGCCACCACCGCUGCUAGUCACGAUGUCCAUGCCAUCACUAGCGAUUACUUUCGCUUUGUCCAGCUCACUGCUCUUCGCGGUACCGCUCCCCCUGAGGAGUGGAACCAGAUGCGCCAUGUGGUCCAGCUUCUUGUUGAGAUCACUCAAGACAUUCGGGCUCGUGAUAAGGUCGCAGCCGAGAAGACUGAGCAGGAGCGCGUCCAGGCUCAUGUUGCCAACAUGAUGAGCGGUGUUAGUGCCGAAUCUAAGCUCUACGAAAUUGUCAAGCAUGCGGUUACUUAUGCGAUGAACAAUGGAUCCGGUGACGAGGCUGCUAGCCUCACCGGCCAGAGCAUGGCUACUCUCCUGAACGGAAUUCGAGGUGUCAUCAGAGAGAUGGCUGGCCAGGGAACUCAUGGAGUCAACGAUGUUAAUGUCGAGACUGUUCUUGAAGAGGUGUUUGGAAUGAUUGACUUCGCCCUCAGCAACUUUGUUGGCCCUCUUGACCAGAAUGUCAACAACCUUGGUGGACAUGUCCAGCAGAUGGGUGGUCAGCUCCGGACGGUCAAUGGACAGAUCGAGCAUCUCAAUGCAAUCGGUCAGCACGUCAAUGCUAUUGAUGGUCAUGUUCACUCCCUUGGCAACAACCUCAAUGCGAUGGGUACCCUUCUGAACUCAACCAAUGGCAAUGUUGUCUCUCUCAACACUCAGCUUGGUCUCCUCCAGACUAUUGUCAACAUGCUUCCUCGCAUGAUUUCUGAGGCUCUCCAGCAGAUGCUACCUGAAGCUCUUCAUGGUGCCAUUGGUCCAGUCAUUCAGGCCCUUCAAGCUCAGCUUGGCACUGCCUUGCCUACCGGCGCUGCUCAAGGCGCUGAGCAGCAGUCUCGAGGAGUGAAGAAAUUCUUCAACUCUGUCAAGAAGCUGUUCCGAAAGCGUUAA